GACCUCUCACGGCAACCAUCCGGAUCUGUUUGUGAAAGUCUUCUCACUCGUAUUGAUGUCAAGCCUUUGGAGAGUUGUUACGUGGUUAGACGUAUAUUUGCUGGUAUUCGUUGCAGACUGACUGCAUGGUUGGUUGGUAAGUUGAUUCAUAACUCCAUGGUUGAUUGUACAAUUUGUACUUUCACGCUGGAUUCUUACUCUAGCAUAUUCGGUCGAUGAUAAUACUUCUAGACUAACUCUUUGUAUCAGUUGUGAUAUUUAGGUGCCAUCAUCCUUGGCUCUACAAAGUUACACGAAGUACUUUUAAUUCUGGUUGGCGGUGCAGUGCGUAUGAGCUCUGUUGAAUGAGUAAUCAUCUAAUCGAAGCUGAUACCAUGUCCCAAGAUGAAAUAAGGACUAGACCAGAUGAGAUUGAAAUGGACGAGCAAGCAUCAUCAUCAUCAUCGGAACCGAUCGUUCUUGGUAGGAAUGUUGGUCUCCCUGGAUGCGUUGGCAUGGUGAUGGGUAUCAUUAUUGGUACUGGUAUCUUCAUUUCUCCAGCAGGUGUUUUGGCUGGAGCAGGUGGGUCAGUAGGUCUCUCGUUAGUGAUAUGGGUCAUUUGCGCUUCAAUAGCAACAUGUGGAGCUAUGUGCUAUACAGAACUCAGUCUUACCUCUGGCAAGUCCGGUGGAGAGUUUAUCUUCAUACUGGAACACUUUGGACCGGUCCUAGCCUUCUUGAGAAUGUGGACCAUCUUAGCAAUCAUCAUGCCUUGCAUCUCAGCUAUUCAGGGGAUCACCAUCGCAAACUAUCUUACCACACCGUUCUUCUCUGAUUGUGAGCAUGUACCGGUCGAUGCCAUCAGACUUAUAGCUGUCGUAGUCAUUUUUGGUUUGGUCUAUAUCAACUGUGUCAGUGUGAAAUGGUCUUCUCGUCUUAUAAACACACUGACCAUCACAAAGGUUAUUGGUCUGUUGGUCCUCAUCAUCACCGGACUCGUAUACAUAUGCAGAGGCAACACAAGCAACCUGACUGAUGCAUUUGCAAUCCCAAUGGACGUCAAUAUACCUAUGGCUAUUUACAGUGGAAUAUUCGCUUUCGGAGGAUGGGAGAGUAUUGCUAUGAUUGUUGAAGAGAUAAAGAAUCCAGAGAGAAACGUUCCCCUGAGUAUUAUCAUCUCAAUGGUAGUGAUUACAAGCAUCUAUCUGCUCGCCAAUGUGGCCUAUCUUGUUAUCCUAUCACCGGCUCAGAUCCUAGCCUCAAAAGCGGUGGCAGCGGAUUUUAGCGUGAUCGCUCUAGGAACCUGGUCAUGGACGAUCUGGGUUUUCGUUGCCUUGUCGGCCAUCGGCAACCUUAACGCAAUCUUUUUCGGCUUCUCAAGGGUGUAUUACGCUGCUGCUCGGGACGGUCUUUUACCUGAAGUCAUUGGGAUGAUCAACAUUAGACACCGUACACCACUUCCUUCAGUCAUUGUUACGGUUCCCAUAGUGAUGAUAUGUCUGAUGGUUGAUGAUGUUUUCAAACUGAUUCAGUACCAAUCAUUCGUAAUGGUAGCGUUUCAAGCUAUUACAGUCUGUAUCAUCCCGUAUUCACGAUGGAAAUAUCCCGACCUUCACAGGCCAUUCAAGGUACCUGUGAUAAUAGCUGUAUUGUUUGCCGUGGCUAUGCUCUUCUUAAUGGGUCUCACUCUGUAUACGAGCCCCGUGAGUAGUGGGCUAGGCUUGCUACUCACCUUGAUUGGUGUACCAAUCUACUUCAUCUUCGUGCGAUGGAAUAAACCUUUAUGGUUUAGAAAAAUAACAGGCUCCAUCACCAGGCCAUUUCAGAAGCUAUUUUUCGUUAUACCUGAAGAAGCAAAGACACAAUGAGAUCGCUCAAAGAUAGCAUGGUCGACACGAUAGUCAGGGUAUAUACCGACAUCGCUAUUUUCAGUUUCGAUGAAGUUUUACAUAAUUACAUAGAGUGGUUUUCGGUUCCUGUACCCUAUAAUCGUAAUCACGCCCGCCCGCGUCACCCAGUUGGUGAUGCAUCGUGGGACAUGGAUGUCGACACAUCGGGACAUUAGGGACAUCAUUUGCGUGGACUCCUACGUGUGACGUCCUUUUAAAGACUGUUUAUACUACUGGGCCAGAAGGGAUAGACCACCCAGCCAAGGUCA